AUUUCCACAUGCAUCGACCUCUAAAAUGCUUUGUCUUUUGAUGCUAAUAUUACUGGUUUGCACAUCUCUGGAAAUUUCUGAAAAAAUUUAUCCAGUGGAUGACUACUAUACGUAUAAUAAGGAAGAGAAAGCCUGUCUCUCACAUGACACGACCCAGUCGGAGUUCGAAAAUGAAUUUGAAAGUCAGCCAUGCAUACAUUUUUUUGGCCAUAUGAAAUUUUUUGAAGAGGCCCACUAUAUCUACAAUAAGAUUCAGGAUAUUGAAAAAAUCACCGGGUGCCUUACUAUCUAUCGCUCCAAUUUGGUACAUGCGAACUUUUCAAAACUCAGGGAAAUUGAACAUGAUGAAAACUUUUGCGAUACAAAUUAUGCAUUAAGGAUAAUUGGAAAUCAUAAACUGUUAUCAAUCACUUUUCACGACGAUUUCAAAGUGCAACCAAAUAAAACUUUUAUGAGCUCAAAUUAUGUCCUUGAUAGGAACUUAAGCACACUGAGAGACAGCAUGUUUGACUUCGGCCGGACAACAGAUUGUCUUCAGGAGGAAGUUGCAUCAAGAAAAGACUGCAGACGUAUUGUUGGCGAUGUCACCUAUGAAGACUAUCUUUCAGAAGUGUUCAGACGCUUCCCACAUAUCGAAAUUCAUGGUAUGUUGAUCUUUGAAGACAGAGAGGAUGUUGAUUUGUCGGCGCUUCAGAAUGUCACUGUCAUAGGGCAUGGAACACCAGCUGUGUCUAUAAUCAAUAAUGCAAACCUCGUCGAUGUUAGUGACCUGUUGUCCAUGAAAAUCUCUGGGAAGGAGCCACUACUGGAGAUCCUGGAUAAUGACAAAAUUUGCGCUCCUGCUGAAGUGAGGAGUAAAGUGCGGAAGUUAGCGCAAGCAGAUGUGCCUUUUGAUCGGAGCUGCUUGGAAUCAUGUGAAGGAGGAUUUGUUGAUCAACGAUUUCUUAGAGAGUUCAACAAGUCAAAAAACUGUCGUAUCAUCAUUGGCGAUUUAGUCAUAAUAGGACUUAGCAAAGCACUUCCUGGUUUGGAUCAACUCAACAGAAUAGAAAGGAUUGAACAUGGUUCACUGGUGUUUCAGCAUAACAUAGGUUUUAAGAGCAUAUGGUUUUUGAACAAUCUAGAAGAAAUAUGGCAUCCACAAUCAAGAGUACCAGUCCUACAAAUCGCCAAUAAUUAUGGUAUGGAAUCUAUUGGUUUGCCAGCGUUGAGAACAGUGAAGGCUGCUGAUCCUGACAGGGCCAUUGAAAUUUUCACUUACGAUGAAGUAACACAAGUGGAGAAGAAGAGGUUCAAGACCAUUGCGCUGAAAAGAGAUGUUUUCAACACUGGACAUAAACCCAUCAAGAAAGAGCGAAGAAUUUACGAAACUUACGAGAAUAAUGCUCUCCUAGGUCUCGUUGCUGCAGCUGCUUUCGGUUUAAUUAUGGCAACUUUUGCUUUUUUGGUACUCUUUACAAUUUUAGCAAAAAGGCGUAGAAAGAACGUUAGCCAGGAACGACUUCUCAUGGAAUCGCAGGCUUUGAUUUGCCGAAACUCUGGGCAGACGAGUGUAACGCGAUCAGUAUCGUCUACAUGACCAUAAC